AUGUUCGCCAGUUCGCCAGUUCUCGCUGCGCCACAAUGCCAGGUACUGUACAAAGUACUGUACUAUGCUAGAAGUGAACUGUACUACCGGAGUACGACUGCUCAGCCGGCCUUUUCUGCCGGUGUUUUACGUGCACUUCGUACUCUGUACUCUGUAGGUGGAGCACUCUACGCGCGAGACGUACAUGGAAUUCAGCCAGCCUCACGCUCGCAUCGUACUCUGUACAGUAUCCUGAAACUACAUCUGACCUUAGGUGCCCACGACGUAGCAAAUCAAGUACAACGACAGAUCAGCAAGGGACGAAAAAAGGUGGACUCGCGGAUACGGCGGAAGGAGCGGCGAGAGCGGGAGCGGAUACAGAACGGUGACCAGAUAAACGGACAGGCAGACAGGCAGACAUACAGACCAGUGACCACACAAUCGAACAGGCAGACAGGCAGACCUACAGAACAGUGACCACACAAUCGAACAGGCAGACAAAUUAAUAUCAUGCAGUCACAUAUAGC